UUUGUUCAGAACAUGCUCGUGGGGCCUAAAGGGGUUUUGUGUGGUGACCAGAGCAGUUGAGAGUUCGACGGGAAGUUUCGAAGAUGCCGCCCAAAGGGAAAAGCGGUUCUAGGAAAGGGGGUAAAGGGGGAGCAGCCUCUGGGAGUGACUGUUCUGACAAGAAGGCUCAGGGUCCCAAAGGUGGUGGCAGUACAGUAAAGGUCAGACACAUCCUGUGUGAAAAACAUGGGAAAAUCAUGGAAGCCAUGGAAAAAUUAAAGUCUGGAGUGAGAUUCAAUGAAGUGGCCACACAAUAUAGUGAAGAUAAAGCCAGGCAAGGGGGCGACUUGGGUUGGAUGACCAGAGGGUCCAUGGUGGGACCAUUUCAAGAAGCAGCAUUUGCCUUGCCUGUAAGUGGGCUGGAUAAACCUGUGUUUACAGACCCUCCAGUUAAAACAAAAUUUGGAUACCAUAUUGUUAUGGUAGAAGGGAGAAAAUAAAAUCAUAUGAGAGACUGAA